GGCGUCCAAUCACAAAAAGACCAGAGGGGAUUUUAGCAGUAGCUUGUGUCAGAUGUUGGUUCUCCGCUCCGGUUAGCUGGUCCAGAUGUCGGAGGACCACCGGCACCAGCGGGCCGAAGCCUGCCGGCGGGCGGAUGGCGGUCUGGAGGGGGGGGAGGGCGACACGGAGCCCAGCAUGCUGCAGCAGAGACUGAAGAACAACAUCUCAAAGAGCGUUCAGACCAAAGUGGAUCAGAUCCUGCAAGACGUCCAGCGUUUCUCUGACAACGACAAGCUGUACCUGUACCUCCAGCUGCCCUCGGGCCCCGGCUCCGGAGACAAGAGUGUUGGGGACUCCAGCUCGUUCAACACAGCCGACCAGCUUCACACCUGUAACUGGAUCCGCAGUCACCUGGAGGAGCACUCGGACACGUGCCUGCCCAAACAGGACGUCUACGAGACGUACAAGAGAUACUGUGAGAACCUGCAGCAUCGACCUCUGAGCGCCGCCAACUUCGGGAAGAUCAUCAGAGACAUUUUCCCAAACAUCAAGGCCCGACGGCUCGGGGGCAGAGGUCAAUCCAAGUACUGUUACAGCGGCAUCAGGAGGAAGACGGUGCUCAACAUGCCUCUGCUGCCAAACCUGGACCUGAAGAACGACCCGGCGGAGCUGACGGAGCUGGUUCAGACCUACAAGCAGGAAGUGACGGAGGCGGCGUGUGAGCUGAUCUGUGAUUGGGCGCAGAAGAUCCUGAAGCGCUCCUUCGACACGGUGGUGGAGAUCGCUCGCUACCUGAUCCAGGAGCACAUCGUGAACCCCCGCUGCAGCCAGGCGGAGCUGGUGACCUCCGCGGCGCUCGCAGGAGGUCCGGCCAAACCCCACAAGGUCAUCAAGAAAGCUCCGGUGGUUUCCAGAGCCGAGUCGGACGGCGCCGCAGAUCAGAAGAGGGAGCCUGGAGACCCGCCCUCACUGAAGCAGCCGUCUGGAGACAAACCCGCCGCCACCAAGCCCUCCUCCCUGGAAGCUCCGCCUCCUCCCUCCUCCUCCUCCUCCUCCUCUCUGCGCCCUGCGGUGGAGGCGUUCAUGAAGCAGUUACCCAGGCUCCUCCCCCGGAGCUCCCUCCCCGACAAGACCCAGCUCGCUGUCCGCUCGUCUCCGCCCUCGCUGGCGCCAAAGGACGCCUCAGGUGUGGGAGGGGCCUCCGGACCUGGAGGUCCGGCUGCUGCCGCCGCUGCCGGAGGGGCUGGGGUGAAGGUCAUCGCCAUGGCAACGCUGCCCCAGCAGCAGGGCGUCCCGGUGAUGAUCCUGCCUCAGGGCUGCCUGUCCUACGAGAGAGAGAAGGUCGGCCCCCCCCAACCGCCUCCGCCUCCUUCUCAGCUGCAGAACCUCCCAGCGGCCCCCACCUCUGUGGUGCAGAAGGCUCGAGGGCCUGUCACCAAGCGCCCCCUGGUGGAGGUGGUGACACCCGGCGGCGCCGCUGCCAACACUCAUCCAGUGAAACGGAAACGUGGCCGACCAAGAAAACCGAGGCCAGAGGAGCUGCUGCUGGCUCCGCCUCCUGCUGCCCUUCCUCCUCAGCCCCCCCCCUAUGCACCUGCUUCCCACCCCCCCAUCAUCACCUCCCUGACCGGGGGGGUCAUCCAGAAAGCCUGCUCCUCCUCGUCCUCCUCGCAGCAGGUGCUGGAGCUGGUGAUCCAGGACCCGCCCGGCCUGGUGCUGAGCCCGCUGCCGGCGCUGUCGGAGCAGCGCGACCUGGUGAUCCAGUGUCAGCCGCGGGGGGGGGCGGAGCCGGAACGCCACUGUCGCCCGCUGCUGCUGCUCCAGGCUCCGGGGAACCCCAGCUGGGAGCUGGCGGCCUCGGGACGGACGCCGAUGGUGGAGGUCAUCCAGAAAGCUCCGAGACCGAGCAAUAACAACGCGUCUGUCCACGUGGCCCGCCUCCCCACGGCUCCUCCCCUUUCCUUGCCCAUGCUACACGAGGCGCGGGGGGAGGUCGAAAUAACGUUGACACCGGUGGAGCUGCACGUCAACCCGCCGGUGGCUCCUCCCAGCUCCUCCUCCUCUGCUGCUCCCGCCUCCUCGCCGUCUAUCUCCUCCUCUAUGGCGGGAAGGGGACAGGAAGAGGAGGGGGGGCGACGAGAGAGCAGCACCUCCUCAAAGAGAGAGGGACAUUAGACCCUCCCUCUUUUCUUUUUAUCAGCUCUCACUACGCUUUACCUCUCCUGCAACUUUGACCCCUGACCUCUCCUGUUCCUUAUUGGUGGAAAUCCCAGACUGGCGACAGCAGAGAGCCAAUGAGGAUAGAUGAAGCCAACACUCUGUUUCCAUUGCACUGUAAACCUAUGCUGUUAGAAACCUGGGAUACUGCGUGUGUGUG